AGCCGGAGCAGUCCAACGAUAAGGUAGUGUCCGUCUCGUGCUCCCUUAUCACUUGUUUCCUGUUUGUUAUUCUGUUUCAUACUGCAUAUGUUGAUUGCACACUCGGUUGUGCAGUUUGUUUUCGUGUAUAAUGUCCUGGUCCUGUGAAGUGUGUAAAGAGUGGCUGAGAGUCAACAACAAAGCGGUGGUGUCUUGCAGCGACUGCGAUACCACUUUCCACGGCUGCUGUUAUCAACUUAGAUUCCUGAUUCGCAACAACAAAACCUGGAGCUGUGAAUCAUGUACAUUCAAAAAUUGCAUCAAUUCGGACGAGGAUACGCUCAAGCAUGUUGUCGAGAUGUUCAGCAGUGUGCGGCGUGCGGUGAUGGACGACAACAGGACACAGAAAACUGGACUGGCACUGGGCACGUUCAACAACAAGUGGCAUACGGAUGUAAAGGGAACUCUCAAAAAAAUUGAGAAGCAUCUAACUUUAACUCUUAAAAAUAUAGAAUCACAGUAUGUUAGAAUGUAUGUCAAGUUUAAAAAAGAGAAGCAAAAUUUUCAACGUGCCGUCUGGGAUUUGGAGCUGAAUACCAGAUGCGAGGGUCUGUCCCGCGCAGGAAGGAGGAUGCUUGCAUUGGCGAAAGCGGCUAAAAGAGAUAUAAGUAUGGAAGAAGCAUCGACAAAGAAAAUUGCCAUUCGAGGGCCAAGAGUGAAAGCUAAAACUAAAAACAUGAAUAAAAAAAGCAAAAACAUUCCGGAAAUCCCGAAGAAAAAAAAACAAUUUUCGGAAACUGUAUUAAAUUUGGCAUUUCCAUGGCGGAGAGAAUUUCAUCAGCAGUGUCGCCAAGCUCCACAAGAAAAGACAGUAGCCAAACUGAGCGAAUUGAUGGGAUACUACAUUGAAAAAGUUGCAGCAGAAUGGAACGUAUGUCAGGCAAAGCCGAAAAGGGCUGCCAAGCUACGAGAAUUCUUGUACGACACCAUGCACCACUUCUAUCUACAGUAUAUCUUAUUGAACGAGCCAAUGGAAAACUGUGCGUAUCUUGAAAAGAUGUCAACGCUUGUGACAUUCUACACAGACAUGGUCCUUAAAAGUUUCAAGGUGAUAAAGAUCACUGCGAGGAAGCAAGUUAUCAAAGAAAAACUCGUGUUUGCUCUUAAUCUCUUUCUAGAAGGAUCGCCUGAAUACAUUUUGGAUACACUCUUGAGGUCAAAAAUUAUUACAAAAUAUUACAAAAGUUUCUGCGAUUUCAUUCUAAACAAAAUAGCCGACGACCUAUCUCCAGAUAAUAAACAGCAUACAAGUUCUUCCACCAAUAAAGAACCACGAAAUAAAAUAUUGAUGUACGUGAGGUACAUACUUAUGUUCAAGUUGUGGUACAAGAUCCAGAGCGGUGUUGAAAAUCGCAGAAAAUUGCAGCAGCUGGCAGUGUCACGGCUAGUGCCACCAGACGACUUCCGCCAAGCCUUCAAUCCAAAAUGUAGUCUUGGAAGUGUACUUAUGAAUGUUCCCAAGACUAAAAGCAAUAUCACAGAAUUCUACAUGGUCAGCAAAUUCGACCCAAGGGAGAAAACCAAGGAUUUUUUCAAAUUGAGACAUACGAUAACAAAAGAGCUUGAAAUGAUGAACGUGUCGGAUAAAGCGAAUUUUUUCAAUGAAAACAGGCUAUUUUUCAAUUUUGCGCACGACAGAAGCAAUUUUCAUGACGUAGGAAACAGUCGCUUCGAUUUGCUGAUCGAUGAAUUUCUAACUGAUUGUUCGAAAAUAUCUAAAGAACAGCUAGAAUCGAAAGAAUUAGUCAAAGAAAAGGAGAAAGAAAAAUUGGAAGAUUUGAAAGUUGUAUGCGAGAAACAAUUUGAGAAGAACAAAGAAGUGAAUAUUGACAAAGGUUUGAAAACCGAUGGCACAUCUUCAUUUGCAAAAUGUUCAAACUCUGAACCCUCUACGGAAGUUGAGAAUAUUGACAUUGACUUUGAUUCAUCAGAAGAUCUUGUAAUAGGUCAGAAUCAAGCGGACGUAGAACAGACUGUAUUCACAAUCAGUGAAGUAAAAAACAUUGAAAGUAAUUUGUUCGAUAUUGACACUGAUAUGAAAAGCACUGAGCCACAGAUUCAAACAGUCUUAACUGUUAUCAGUCUUGUCGACCAGAAUACGUCUUGCGAAAAUAAAUCUGCUCAAGUCUCCGAUCCACGACCAGCUGUUCUGAAAACUUCUUCCAACACAGCAAGUUCCGUCAAACUUGAUGUAAAAAUGCCUUCUGAAAAUUCUUAUGUCUCCGUAGUUGCUGAAUUUUCGGAUUCUAUUACCAAAAACAGUAACUCAUCACCAGCUGAUGAGCAUGGUUCUAGUUCUGCAAACAUUAGGUCUGAUGUGGUGACUGGUGUAGAAUGUGGUUCUCAAAACAGAGAAAGUCGACAUUCGGAAGCAAAUAGUGGAAUCAAUACUCCACUUACUGCAAUCAUCACCGAUGACAACAGUGCACGGCUUCACAGCAAUUCAUCUGCUCAAAUAGAAAACAUUUCAAUCAAGACAGAAGCCACAUUGGUGAAUGAUAUCAAUGAAAAUGUUACUGUUAAACAAGAGAUUGUCAGUCCAAUACCUGCUGACUCUGAUUCUUCUAACCUUUCACUUCGGAAGGAUAUCCCUAUUGAGGAUAUGAUCAGUAAACUCUAUAUACUUGUAAAGAAUCGGCACAAUAACAAUGCAAUUGGAAGUAGAAACAGUUUGGAAAAGUGUUACGUACGCCAUCUAUGCAUUAAGAAAAUAAGUUCAGUUUCUUUUAAUCAUGUUCAUAAAAUACUAAAUCAAAAACAACUGAUGUCUAUUUUUCAAAGCGGCCAAAAAAAUUCACGCCCAUUAAUCCUGAGACAAUCUAUCUUGAGCGGAAUUAUGAAUGAUGAACCAAGAAUAGAAGAUAAUGUUACCACCUUCAAUGUCACCUGCAAACCUCAUCCUCAAUUUCAAGAAAAGUUCGAAGAGAGAGCUCCUACCGUCUUUCAGACUAAUCCAAGUGGUAACAUGAGCUGGACUGGAUCACCUUUCAGCAAAAUAUUUGCAUUAGGAUUCCAUGGAUUCCGAGCAUUAGGCUCGGAAUGUUCUUCUCCAGGAGUAUCAACAUUCGUUCCAUUGAGGGAAGACAAUUCCUACGAUUAUUUGAAAUUUGAUCGAAAUAGACGUGCUUGCAAUGAUGUGAAAAAACUAGGGUGCAUCAAGUUGAAGAAAUUUUCAGAUUUGGAAAGCAAGACGAAUAAUAAUAAGGAAGAAAAGACUGAUAACAGUUUGACAGGAGUCACGUCAAAAACUGGCACCGGAAAUGUUUCAAAUGUAUUGAAACGUAGUGAUGAUGAUGUGAUAGAUGAUAUAGAUUUAAGGAAUUUAGUGGAUGUAAAUUCAAAACAUUGUGCUGAAAAACCCUUUUGCUCUGAUCCUUCGAAAUUGUCAUUAUGCAUUUGUGACAAUGCAAAGGGUUGUCAUAAAGUAACUCAAAUAGAUAACAUUCCAAAAUCUGCUAAUCAAAUUUCCGAUGAUGUGGUGAGAAAUUACAGCGUACUGAAAGAGGAAAUAUUACAUCUGCCUGCAGAUGAAUCGACACAUUGCUUGAUUCCUUAUAGAAAUGACAUAGUUAUUGUGAAAGAUUCUCAUGAAAUCGGAUCAAUCGAUCCUAAAUCGUUGAUCAAUAAUUUGGAGGAUUCAAUGGUGAACAACCCUCCUCAUUCACUCCAGAUAACCAAUAAUUCGUUGUGUGAGCCAACGUGCAACCCUGUUAAUCCAUUGCCAUUGCCAACGAUUGACGUCAUCAAGAAUGAUUCGGCGAAUGUUGAAAGUGGAGUAUCAGUGCUCGUCAUGGACAUAUGCAGCAUAGCACAGGAAAUAGAAAUAAGCUCAGAACCGAAGUGUGAUGAAUAUGAUGUGCCGCAUGCUGUGAGCCCCUCGAAGAGUUUAACUAACAGCAGUGCAAGUGUCGAGCGACCUGAAAGUCCAGUCUCCGACAACAACACUAAGAAGGUGCCUACCAUUAAGAUCAAAUUGGUGAAAAACACCGGUGAGAACGAGAAUAGUGGACAGAUCAUUAAAAGUGUGAGCGAAGAUGAACUAGUGGAGGAGAAAGAUGAUAGCAGGGGUUGCAAAGUGGAGGAUGAUGUAAGCAGUUGUGGUUCUUGUUCUCGUAAGAAGAAAAAACGUCGACAUAAGGAGCGGCGGCAUCGCCAUCGUCAUCACAAGCAUGCAGCAGCAGCAGUAGCAGCAGCAACAGUAGCAGCAUCCGACUCCUCGCAACCGAGAGCAUUCCGGCCACCCUCCCCUCUCACCACCCCACCACCGUCGCCCCCACCACCGCCUCCACCCCCGCCUCCACCCCCUCCUUCACUGCCCUCAUGCCUUCCACCCACCUAUUCACUGCUGCCAUCCGAAUCGUGUACAACGCCAGUUACCUACGCACCUCCCGGAUCCUAUCCGGCGGCCCUGCCUUUGAUCUACGACCACCCUAUCCACCAUUUCGCCGAUUGCGAGAAAGUGUGCGCGCAGUACCAGAACAGACUGCUAGACUCGGAGUCGGGCAUCGAGGCGGAACUGGCCGACCUGGGCGAGAUACAUGAGAUCACGACCACGCACGACGUGCAGGUGUGCACCGAGCAGUACAAGCUGAUUGAGAGCCACGCCACGACACAGGUCACACUCGACACGCUCAUCCCCUGUCCGCUGACGCACUUCAACGAGCGCAGUCGCUGCACCUGCAUACAGUGCUGCAAUAACUUCACCAUUCUCAUGGCCAACUUCAACAAGAUACUUGUCUUCUGUCGAGCACAGCUCAGCACCAGGUCGAUCCCCAACAGCGAUCCCCCCACCAUCAAGACCGAAGACAACAAUAAAGAACCGGAAGUCCAGUACAAACUGUUGGAUGGCAUCAAGUUUAGGAAAUAUGAUGAUGAUGAAGAGAUUAGCAGCCUAACUGAUAACACAAGAAGUACCGUCAAUGAUAGUGACUCUGUAGAGGAACUACCAGAGUUUAGAAAAUGCAAAAACAAUAAAUUCAGAGAACAAGACUGCACUCUUCCUCUAAAAAAACGGAGGAAACUCACUAGUGAUUCGAUUGAAAACGAAGUCAUACCGGAAGUAAGGGAAAUCACUCACCACAAACCGGAAUGGACUCAGUCCACAAAUUUGGAAGAAAAACAAAAAUUAGAAAAGCAUUUGGAAGACUUGAAGGCUUCGAGACUGAAACUGAAAAAAGAACUAGAAGAGAAGCAGCGGCAGAUUGAUAAUGAGAGAAAAUUCAAACUCUUCAAAGAAAAACAGCUACAGCGAGAACAAACUAAAGAGGACAAUUCAUUGGCAAAGAAAAAACAGCGAGAAGAACUGUCGAAGAGGAGGGAGUUUGCCCGUGAAGAAGAAAUAGAAAAAAGGAAAUUGUCACAGGAAGAAGAAAGGAGAAAAAAAUUGAUCAAUGAAGAUUUUCAAAAGAUGAAGCGACGACAAGAGCUAAAAAAGCAUCAUGAAGAAGAACUUCAUCAAAAGCAAAUGUUCGUGCAGCAGAUUAAAUUAGAUACGUCAAGAAGAUCUGCACAACAAAAAACUGUAAUUCUAAGCGUAGAAGCAGUCAAUGAAUCAGUUGGAAAGAGAACUGAGCCCUUGAAAGCAAAUCCACAAACAAGUUCGAAUAGGAGACAUAGAAAGGUCGAAUGCUCCAGCGCUUCUGAUACGAAAGCUGCAGAAACUCUUCUAGACUUUGCCAUAAAUUGUUCUAAACUGCCUCAGAGCUCACUGUGCCGGUUGAAACGACCCAACUCACAGUUAGAUGGCCACGACGAGCCGAGCUGGACCAAGUCGAGAAGAACAGCCGCGCCUGAGAAUGCUAACGCUUCUCAACUCAACCGCACCCAAUCGCAUGCCUCUUCAUCGACGGCAGUCAGUGGCCUGCCUUUGCCCAACGAAAACGCAGAACCUUACCAGAACAGGUCGAGGCUGGGCCAGUCGAAAAGAAAUGAAGACGCACAACUGAUCCGGACAACCACCAACCAGGCAACAGCGGCAGUUGGUCACGACCAACUCGAAAUCACCAAUUCUCGGCCAACAAGAAAACGUAAAUUAUGGAUUGGUUUUAUAAUAUUCAUCUGCUAAAAUGUCAUUCAACUAUAAUGGAUACAAUGUUACAUUGGACCAAGAACGCUUUUCAUACUGUUUAAAAAAUAGUAAACAAGUAAAUGAGUGGCGCAGGGAAACGAGUCAUUUUGACUGUUACAGUUGGCAGCUCUGUAGAGUCGGUAUAUGUUCAAAUUUUUGCACAAUUCAUGUUGCUAUUUAGAAUAAAGGGCCAUAGGAACGUGCAAAACAGGCCAAACGUUGAGAAAAGAACCUGCGAAUUUGCGUCUCUUAAUCAUCAACAAAGGAAGGAAUUUUAUUUGAAGAUGAUUCAACUUUAAUAAAAGAUGUUCGAAAUCGUUCAAGAAAUUUAUUUCUUCAGAUUUAUGAACUCUUGGUUUGUUAUCUGAUAGAAUUAUGUUCUUGUAAACUGCUAAGUUUCUGAAAUAUCAAGAAAUUACUUUAGUCAUGUUCAUGUUGCUCUUACAUUUCCAUGUGCGGAUGAUACUUCAUUAAAGUCUGAUAGAAUGUAAAAAUUUAUGUCGUACUGGUAACACAGUAUCCUUACCCAAUUCUUCUUGUUGACAUGUUAAAAGAAACAACUAUCAAAUCUAUGGGUAUAAAAGAUAUAAUAACUCAGCUACUGUAUCUAUUUUUAAUUGUUGAUUCAUUCAACAGCAUCAAUUUACAGUUGUAAAGUCACGUUCGAUGUUUCAAUAAAUUCAAUGAAUAUUAUGUAUUCGAGGUCUACAUUUACUGUGACACAAAACUUCUAGAUUUAGAUAUGUGUAUUGACUCAAUAUUUCCUUUUAAUGUAAAAUACAUGUAUCCUAUUUCCAAAUUCAAUAAAUAUCAAGCAAAGAUUGGUGGCUGUCUUUGUUGUUGUAUGUUACUAGAUGUUGGUGUAGGUGUUUGGUGUUUCCAGUCAAUUCUACUAUUUCAAUCAUUGUAAAAGUUGACGUUCAUUUGUGUAAACCACUUUAAAGUUUACAUUACUAUUGUAAAUAAUAUUUAAAUUUUAAGCAUCACCAAAGUUUUUGAUUUGCUUGGAAAGCAUUCGAGUUUUAGUUGAGUCGUUAAAUUUAAGUUUCCCUCUUUAGUAACGGAGUAGUAGGUUCGUUUAAUUUUAGAAUAUUUAUACGUAAGUUCUUUUUUAAUAUUAUUGAUUACGUCAGGCUAUAUUGCUCAUUGUAAAUAUCCUCAUAUAAAUUUACCUAUUUGUUGUGUAAAUAGAGAUAAUAAUCGUACCUGUUUUCGAUAAAAUAAAUCUUUAACUUGGUGUUGACUGGCUGUUACAUUUAAACAAUGUACUUGAAAAUAUUUUUCCAAGAUGGAUGUCAAUAAUAUAUGUUGCUUAAGAAAGA